AAAUAUAGAAACGGUUGAAAAUUACUUUAAGAGUCAUCAAACUCAAUCCGCGACGUUUUAACAGUAGUUUAAAAAAAAAGUCGGAUGCAAAGAACAUAAAUGGCUACGAAUUUCCAUAAUACUGGUUCAGCUACAAACGCUGGUGAUAUUGGACGGGAUCUAAUUAACAUUCAUGGAGUGGAAGCCCAAAAUAUUAACUUUUACUUACCACCAUCGAACACCGACACAUUUUGGCAAUUGGUGAAGAAAGAGAUACUCAUUCUAACUGGUAAUGCCACAGGUAAUUUGGUAUCAGCUGCAGUCAAAUCACUCGGUGAAAAGAUUCAAUUGCAAUUGGAAAAGGACAACAAUCGCCUGCAUUACGUUAUAUUCAAUUUGAGUCAAAGCUAUUUUAAAUCACUCCAUGGAUUCGUUGAGUACCAAGAGCAUUACAUUUACGGUAUUCUGUUUGGUGUUUGGAUAUUUGAAAGUGGACAAUUCGAAAAUACAGGCAUUGGAAGCUUUGAGAACUGGUGUUUUGGAGGAUAUAAGGGUGGAAACUGGACUAGAUCCGGAGAACCAAUCAAAUUCUUUAGAAAUCCUUACUGGCCUUGGGUUUAUAACUAUGGCGAAGAAGGACGGCUUGUCACUUUUUCUAAGAUUAAGUUUAUUUAAACUUUGCAAUUUAUGGGUGAGAAGAAAAAUUUGGUCUACUUGCCGCUCUAGCCAGUGAUAAAUGAAUUCAAUUGUUAUAGAUAUUGGCUGAAUGUGUGGCUGAAUAAAGAUUUAUUUGCAAUCGAAAGUAUUUAUGUAAUUU